CAGGCUGGAGAUGAUGAACAGUUUCUUUGAAGUUUUUACUUACAGAAUAUUCUGGUCACAAAUGAGGGACAGACAAUGGCUGUUGCAGAUCAGAAGUGCAACAAUACAGAGGACUUACAGCAUUCCCCUACUAUUCAUCAGGGUCCGCAUCACAAACGUAUAAAAGGGAAAUAAAGAGCAUCAUCCCAAAUAAAGAACAUCACAAAGAGAACCGCAUCAUAAAAUAAGAGCAUCACAAACUAUCUUCAUCAUAAUGACUAAGCUGGUAAUAACUGGCACAUUCCUAUGCCCUGGUCUCUCCAGUAAGGUUAACUGAUGAUUUGGCAUGUGUGAGCAAAAGAUACGCAUCAAUAAAGACAUAAAUAUCAAUAAAAAGAUACGCCUCAAUAAAGAGAUACACAUCAAUAAAAAGAUACACAUCGAUAAUACACUUGACUGGUUAGCAUGUCUGCCUCACAGUCCUGAGGACCCGGGUUCAAAUCCAGCCUCGCUCGUGUGCAGUUGACAUGUUCCCUCCAUGGGUUUUUUCCCGAUACCCCGGUUUCCUCCGUGGUCCCAAAAACAUGUACGGUGGAUUAACUAAAGAAUCUAAAUUGCCUGUAGGUGUGAAUGAUUAUUUACAUGUGUCCUGGGGUUAUCUGCAACCAAUUCAUGGUCCACCGGACCUCUCACCUGCCGUCAGCUGGGAUAGGAUCAAGUAUACCCACAACCUUAGUGAGGAUAAGCAGUGUAGGAAAUGGAUAUAUGGAUAAAAGAUUCAUGGCACAUCACAAUUUUGAGUAAAUCCAAGAGAAAUUGUUUUGUCAGUCACUUAUGGCAGCAUGGUGAAGGGAAUGAUUCCCGUGUCUGCGUCACAGUUCACAGGUUUGGCUUUGAAGCUCAGCACAGGCCGUCUGGAGUGGAGUUUGCAUUAUUGCCCUGCUUUCUCAGGGUACUCUGCCUUUCAGGAACAAUCCAAAAACAUAUGUAAAGUAUAUUAUCUAGGCUCUGGAAUUGGCUCCAGCUGACUCUCAUUCCAAAGUGGUAGACGAGCUAGAUGGUGGUUAGAUGCCAACAUUUGAUUUUGCUGUAUUGGGACUAGUGUUGGGCGAUAUGGCCUAAAAUUGAAAUGCAGAUUUCCCCCACUACCUCCUCCUCCCUCUUAACCUCAGGUUUUUGUUUUGUACUGAAACAUUUGGGUUUCCCAUUAAAAAAUGAAGAUGAGAGAACAAUUCAGAAUUACAGCUUUUAUUUCAUGGUAUUUACAUGUGUUAAACCAGUGUUCCCGAACCUUUUGUAUUGCGGACUGGUUUGGAGUAUGCAUUUUUAUAUAAACCUGCUUUGACCUGCAAAACAGAUAUAUUCAUAUUCACCUUAAACUGCUCCCUUUGUGCUAUUGUCAUGCACUAGUCCAGGGGGACACAAUGUGUUGCGAGGCAGUCUUGGUCAAUUGCAGGACGGUGUGCCAAUAAUAAUAAUAAUAAAAAAAGAAAACAUCAGCCAGUGUUCCCUCUAAACUGCACGCAUGCGCAAUUGUCCACCGCCGAUGCAAUCUCUUCGCAGAUAUUCUGUGUUGGGCGCAAAAAAAAAUAAAUACAACGCAAAUUGAAAGUAUAACAUCCAGCUAUUCAGUUUGUGGCCUUUUGCAAUGUCAUUCAAUGAGUGAGGCAUGACUGGUUGUUACAUCCAACGUCACAAUUCACCUACGUACUGUAAAAAAUCAGAAGAGGAAGCCACUGGUUUCUUUUGGCAGCACACAGAACUUUCUCAAACAAUGGCCGGUGCGCCUCCACACUUUCUGUCUCCUACUUUAGAUUACACCCGCCCACGACACCCCUCCCCUUAAAGAGCUUAACAUAAUGUGGGGCCUUGACACACUCUUAUGUCUUAUCUGUUCUAAAUUAAGAAGACUGCAUCUUGCAUAGCUAUGACUCUUAUAAGGAAUAUUUCCUACUAACAGAAUGUCUCUUGUUCUUUGUUCUUGUUACUUUGUUUGUUCUUUGUUCUGAAUGUAAUACAAGGGCGGCACUGACUGCCGGAGACAGAUUCCUUGUAUGUUUUACAUACUUGGCUAAUAAAGCUGAUUCUGAUUUUGAUAUAUUCAUUCAUUCAUUCAUUCAUUUAUCUUCUACCACUGAUCUGAGGUUGGGUCGUAUGGAGCUGCCAGGCAAAAGAGCGAGAGGAAGGCCAAAGAGAAGGACAAGCUGAAAGGAAAAGAAGAAGACUUUCCUUUCCUCACCCAUUUCAUCCAGCUCCCGGGGAGAUCCCGAGGCGUUCCCAGGCCAUUCGAGAGACGUAGCAUCUCAAGGGUGUCCUGGGUCGAAGUCAGGAUCUCCUUCCAUGGAGGCGUCAGCGAGGCAUCUGAAUCAGAUGCCCCAACCACGUCAUCUGGCUCCUCUCAAUGCGUAGGAGAAGCUCCUCAACUCUGAGCCCUUCACGGAUGACCGAGCUUCUCACUACCUCUAAGGGAGAGCCCGAACACCCUUUCGAGGAAACUCAUUUCAACAAUUUUUGUUGUUAGUGUUCCAUCAUGAAUGGCUUGUUGAUGAAAAGCAUUCAUUAGAAAUUUAAUCACCUGCAAAGAAAAUUUUUCGUUUUUAUUAAACUCACUGAAGCCUGUCCAAGAAAUAACUAUCUUGUUAAAGACACAUCUUCAGCAAAAGUGGUUUAUACAAGUGAUUUUAAUUCCUUUUGUUUUUAUUUGUCUGACUUUGUAUGAGCUUUAUUUUGAAUUUGAUUGGUUUGUAAUUUAACAUGACUAACUCAAAAUAUGAUUAACAGGGUUCGGGAUCUAAUGCGCUCUGGAGUGAUAAAGAAAACGGAGAAACCAAUCUGGUAUGAUGUGUAUGAAGUUUUUCCACCAAAAUGCCAACCACUUUAUGUCAAGCCUUUUACAAGAUCCAGGGUCAAGAAACCAGACCCAGUGCCUGAAAUUUUCUAUACAGAAGAUAAAAUUAGAGCGAAUUUUUAUGACCAGUAUGGGAUGGGCCUUCGGCCUUUUGAUCUUUCCAAAUCAAACUUUGUCUCUACCAGUCAGAGGUUUGUAGACAAGUAUGCAGAGUUAAACAGUCAGUACGGGAUGGAUGACUGUGCUCUGUUUGAGGAGACUGCGAAGGCUUUGCUUGCAGAGGGUGUCAUUCUGAGAAGGAGAGGAGCAACAACGGUGUCUGCAGAGUCCAAGAAUCCAGUGUUGGAGCUCAAGCUCACAGCCAUGCUGACAGAGGAACCAUCUGUUGAUGAUGACAGCAAGCAAAUGCCAGAAGAGCAUACGAAACAUACACAUACAUCAUAGAAAUUUGACUUUCUGCUUACCUAGGAGCUCUGGUCACUUGUUUAAAUAAUAUCAUGGUUGUCUGGCACAGGCGUACUAAGGAUUCUAUCUGAUCAAGGGACCUAAAUUAGCCUCCAGCUAUCUUUGUCAAAUGUCACUACAGUCAACAAUGUCAGCAGGCUACGUUCAUUUAGUUAUAAGACACCUGUGAACUCUUGAUUGUACACUAAGAUCUGGAUAUCAGUCCAAUGAUGUUUCAUAAUUGUUUUUUGCAACUUCAUGGAAACAUGCUAAGAAAAUUACAUUCAUUACACUGAAACUAAAGCUCUAAAAUGGCAGCAAUUCCACCACUUUUUCCUCAAUUUGUUCAAAAUAUUCAUGAAACUAAAAUUUGUUGGUCCUGCCUAAUAAACAGUAUAAUAGUGUUACAGCUACAUUCAGUCAACCAUGUUUUAUUAUGAAACGAAAAGUCUACAUCUGGUGUGUCAAACUCAUUUUUAAUCGCUAACCACAUUGUAGUUAUGGUUUCCUUCUGAGCGCCGUUAUAACUACUAAAACAAUAAAAUAAAUGCCUCAUAUUACAAAUACA